GUGCCCUAUUUGUUUGCAGGAACCAGAGACCAUUGAGCAUGCAUUGCUACUAUGUCCCUAGACUAGAGCGGCUUGGUUUGGAGCACAAAUUCAAUGCUGUCCUACGGCCCUAACAGUUUCUUCUUUUGGGAAGUGGAUGAUGGAACUUCUAGAAAAAAUGAGGUUGAAUGCAGGGGCUAAUUAUGAUCUUUGCAGCAGUAAGGUUGGGUUUCUAGUUUGGGAGGUGUGGAAAGCGAGGAAUCUAGCAAUAUAUCAGAAGAUCAAUCCUAAUCCUAUAAUGGUGAUUCACAAAGCUAAACUAAUGGAGCUGGAAUUUGCGGAAAUGAUUGAAGAACCAGUAAAGCAUGCAACUACUAUAACAAGAUUAGGUAGCAGGGUUACCUGGAGACCGCCGCUGCAAGGUUGGAUCAAAUGCAACGUUGAUGCAGCUUUCACUGGAGCUCAGUCUGUGGGUGCUACGGCUGUAGUAUUCAGAGAUCAUAAUGGAACCCUCCUCUCAGGAAUUAACUCCACCAUAGUUGCAGCCUCGUCAUUGGCUGCGGAAGCAUUAGCGGUUAGGGCAGCAUUAAUUAUGUCACAGAAUUUGCUAAUGCAGAAGGUUAUCAUAGAAUCAGACAAUCAGAUUCUCAUUCAAGCACUAAAGUCACAUGCAUCAGUUGCAGAAAUUCAAGUUGUAUUAGAUGAUAUUCGACAUUUAGCAAGAGGCAUUCCAAGUUGUGGUUUUACCUGGGUGCCCAGAGAAGCAAACUCAUUAGCGCAUGAAGUGGCGAGACUCACAUAUCAGGGAACUCUUCACCAAAAUUGGGUCAUGCAUAAGCCAAUUUCCAUCAGGAACGUCCUCCGCAAGGAUAAUUUGGCCGUCUCAAGGUUGGAAAACAAUUCUUGACUGAAGGCAGGAGCUUUUUGGGAAGACAGGGGGUUGAGGCUGCUCCGGUGGAUAU